AAAGGCAACGCCGGAAGGACUCACUCUACUGCACUUUGUGGUGUUGCGUGAAGAUGAGCGGAACGGAGCAAGCAAACGUCGAUGCGCUCUUCGCCCAGUUUGGGCUCUCGGCGGAGCUGGCGCGGAUCAAAAAGCAACUGCAACAGGAUGGCCGGAUGAAGAGGCCGUCACCGACGGGUUCCAAGGCGCCAUCCCCGCCUGUCUCACACCAGGACACCACCUUCGAGGCCGUCCUGCAAGACCUCCCAGGCAACAACAGGCCGGAUCUCAGCGACAACUGCACGUUGCACAGCGUCUUGAGCAAUCCAGGGGUUCGAAGAGACAUGACCAGCAUCUCCAGCAGCCAGUUCCGCAAAUCCUUUCGCUUCCUGGAGCCGGCUCAAGAUGCAUACGGCAUCACAGAGGGGCCGAGCGAGGUCGAACACACACGACGCACGCCGUCGUCACAGCCGCAAUCACAGUCACAAUCGCGCGCGAGGGAAAGUGCGGAGGUGAAAACAGAGGAGCAGGAAGAGCCGCCAGUUGUGGGACGCCCCGUCCUCACAGAAACAGACACAACACCGCGGCCCAUGGCAAAGCUGCGGAUAUCGCUCAAGGGAACAACAGCGAGUGUGUCGGGUGGUGGCGGCGAGAGGAAGCGAGCAAAGCGUGGUGGUGGCGGUGCAGGGUGAAAGGCAAUACAUAAUAAACGACGGCA